AUGUCGUCUCAGGUUGCGCCAUGGCUCGAGGACCUAGACGAAGAUUGGGUCGAGCCGCCGUCGCUGUCAAACCACAUCACAGACCAUCAAUCUGCCACUUCCGCCAAGGGCAACCAAACUUCGUCCUCGUCUAGUCGUAUCCCGCGUAGGAGUAGCGGCGCUUUCUCAAUAAACAGCAGCUCUGUCAAACAACGCAAUCCUCUCAAGGACCUGCCCUCCUCUCAAUCAAAUGCACAACGCCAACCAUCUGCCUCCUCGGUUGUCCACCACGACUCGGUCAAGCGCUCGCCAGCAAAGCACCAGACUCUCGAAUGGAAGAAGCGUCUAGUUCGUGGUGAAAUUGGCUACGGCGACCAGACCGACCUGUUUGGCCCAUCCGGUCUCGAAAACAUCUUUUCUCCUGCUCGUCCCACCUCAUCCAACAACCGCCCGACUUCGUCCAACAGCCCGUCGAGGCUCUUGCAGCACACCAUCAUGCCUCCAUCCAGUCCCCCACCAUGGCCCUCGCAAAUUGAACCCUCCCAACUAGACUCGCCCGAUGCACAAGGCACAUGCCAGCGCGGAAUCCACAACACAAACUACUCCGAACCACACGAAGAUAGUCUCUUGCGCUCUCCAAACUCCCCCAGCCAAUUACGUAUCGACCGCUCAGCUUCAAAGCACCAAGGCAAUCGCACUAUCAGCGCUAAUACCGAUCUGUCAGGCGAGGGCUUUAGUCCUGUCUUCUUGUCAAAACACACGAGCUCUACUGGCGCCGUCAGCUAUGCUCCUCUUGAUUCGCGUUCUGCUAGUGCCAGCGCUGACGCUUCUAUCAAUGGCUUGGACUCUGAGCUUCCAUCCACGCCUGGCUUCCGGAGAAACAACAACGAUACCGCUGAGAAUAUGCCAAGUGUUCCAGAAGUCUCUCUUCCAGAUGAUCUGCCAACUGGCACACCUCCAAUCCCCAGUUUCUUGAGCGUGAAUAGAAUAUCUCCUUCAAGUCCCUCCAAAGUCGAGCCGUCAUCUAUCUACGAUCAAGAUUCAGCCAUCUCUCCUAAAGACUCCAGUCCACUCAAAGCACCUGCAACGCCCAAGCUGGGAGGCAUCGAAGAGUCCUCUCUCCUUAGUCCACCAAAGAGCAGGCCUUCCCAAAGUCCCUUGAAGCUGUUUGGUCAGCACGACACAUUUACCAACAACAAACUGUUCAGGAGGAUGAGUCAACUCGAAGGACUGGAUCCCGAUCACCCCUUGGUUUCCCCUGCGCAUCCUUGCGACGACCCUUUCGAAGAGACGCGGUCCAAUGCUGGUAGGAUCUCCAGCUCCGCUACCGUCGACACUCAAGGACGUCGUCCAUCUCAGCGUGCAGUGUCGAAUCUGAGUAGUUUCGGUGAGGGUGCCCUGGACGAGCAUAACUUCGAUGCAGACAUUUCGAUACCCACUGGCUUGGAUCUUGACGCUACUUUUGAGUCUACUGAGGGCUCGCCGCUCCCAGAAGCUGUACCACCUGGUAGUACUCAUCCUUUCCGCUUCCACGUCGAUACUGCACCCCCAGUAGAGUCUUCACCCGAAGUUAGGCCAUUCAAGCUAAAGAGGAAAUUAUCCAAAAGGAGCAAUACAAUCAGAUCAAGGCAAUCUGAUGACGAUCAGGCGCUGGAGCAGUUCCCCGUAAUCGACCCUUACAACAACGAGUUCGACAUCAGGGAAGGCAAACGUCCUCAAAGCUCUCCUGCAAAGGCGCCUACUGCUAAACGCCGACGUACUCUGAUCACGAUGGAUGGCAAGCUGCCUGAGCUUGGCGAAGGCUCCGAGAUUCAUAUCAAGGUUGAUGCGCCAGUUGCAGACGAUGCACAAGCUUCAGAAGUGGCAUCAUCCAAGGCGACCAAGUCAGGAAGCAAAAGGGAUGUCACGAGGCCUAGAAAUCCUACUCCUAGUCAGAGGCGCCGCGAGCAGAUCCAGGCUGAAAUCAGCGAAGCAACAUUCGAAUAUCUCUCGAACUCGCCACGUCUUGAAGCCAUCAAGGAAACCAUCGAAGAACUGUCAGAACUUCCGGCAGAGUCUGUUGAUGCAGAGAAGGCCAAAGCAGUCGCAGCUGACAUAGCAGCCUUCACUUUUGAACACUCUAGAGAAGAGCCCGAAAGCGUACGUAAGCGCUCCUUCACCACCCAAGAUUUUCUCGAUGAAGCCAUGCACAUUAUGUCAAUAAUACGGGCAAAAGGUCGACCACAUAGUGGAUUGGAUGAUGUCGAAGAAUCCAGUGGCGAGAUGGAAUUCAAUACGCACUUACAUCCUGAUGACCUUGCAAGGCAAGUUGGGUCUCUCCGCAUCUCAAGACCAGCUUCUCGUGAAGGUACCGAAUCCAACUGGAGACCAAGGAGUCAAGUCAAGCAUGACCCGAUGGUUGCCAGUCGAUUGGAGCAGUUCCGUGAGAAAGAUAAUCUCAAUCUUGUGGAUGCAUCCCUUCGGUCGCUCAACAUCGACGACACUUCAGCUGUUGACUUCAAUCAUGAGGACGUAUCGACUCAAGAACUUGAACAUGCGCCAAUUAUCGAGCCUGGUUGGAUCGGUGGACAUAUCCGGACAUACUCAAACGCAUCGCACCAAGGUACUCAGACUAGCCCGACCAAAUCACAGCAUGGGUCGCAUCCGUCUCUCGACUCUUCAAGCGGGGCACGCACAAUGGGAUCUACUUCCUCAAGAGAUUGCGUGGCGAAUUUAUCGCCUGAGAAGGUCGCUCACCUUAUACCUGAACAAAUCGCUGGUAUGACCUACGACAAGGAAAAGCAGAUCUGGGUCAAAGCAAAACACCUCAAGCCACCGACCUUUGACUACUAUCACCAGCCAAGCAACGUCAGCAGCGAGGACGAUCCAUUUGCAUACAUUCCUGACUUGACUGUUGAUGAGAUCAAGGAAAUUCAGCGCAUCCAACAAAUGCAAGCACGUCGUCAGGACCUUGCACAGCAAGAGCAGUUCGAGGACGACGAGUUUGAUCAGUACACUGAGCUGCCGCAGCAAAGACAAGGAGCAACUGCAUCAAGACCUACUACUCGUGACAGCAAUGCUCCUCAUCCGUUCACAUCAAGUACUGCUCCUUCAAAGUAUUCUGCCUUUGCUUCAAGUCAGCAGCAACAAUUUGAUACACGUGCCACAUCCUGGAGUAACGAGGAAUUGGCGAGCAUAGCCAGGGCUAAGCAGCAACACGCACAGACUGGUGACGGGCUUCGUGACCUUGCUACUGUCAAUAUACCUCAGGAUAUCUCAGAGGUGACAGAAGUGGUCCAUGAUGAAUCCGAGAUCGCUCAUGACCAAUCGCAAGUUUCUCACGUCUCGCAUGAGGACUCUUUGCUAGAUGAGCUUCUAAGUGAGGAUGAUGAGCUUCCCAACGAGGAUUCGAUAACGGAAGAGCUGCCCGCGCCUAAGCAGCGUGGAAGCGGCAUUCCAGUUCCAUCUUGGCCUCUGCGUUCUCCCCAGCCUGCACGUCGUGGUGGGCUGAGAAACUCGUCCUUGAGGAGACAGACAUUCCAGCGAGGCUACACUUCUGGACAAGACCAGAGAGAGGUAUCGUUCGUUGCGACUUUCCCUGACAAGCGCACCAUGAGCGUUUCUGUUGUUGCUCAGCCUGCGCCCACGAUGGCAGCACCAAACCAUGAGUACGGCGUAUCUUCCCCUGCUCGUAUCGAUGGUACAUUCUAUCUCAGUGACUUGCCCGAUUUCACCGUUAACGACGUUGAUGAGGAACGUCCAUCUGAGAAGGCAUUGUCCAGACGAGUGGCUCGCACGAACAGCGGAGAUAGAUAUGCUAUGGCCGUUCAAAGUCUUGUGAAGACACUCACGGAUGUCGAGCCUGAUGAGCCCUACUGGGAGGACAUCAAGCAGCUCAACCUUCGUGAUAGGGGUCUCGACUCAGUCCACAACUUGGAAGACUUCUGUACACGCCUCGAAGAUCUCGACCUGUCAAGCAACAACGUCGCUCAUCUUGAAGGAGCGCCGACUUCUAUCCGCAGACUCAACCUUCGCUCGAAUGCCUUGAGUAGUCUUACCGCUUGGAGCCACAUGAUCAACCUGCAGUAUCUUGAUAUCUCUAAGAACCAGAUCGAUAGUCUGGGUGGAUUGUGUAUGCUUGUUCAUCUUCGCGAGUUGCGCGCUGAUGAUAACCAAAUCUCGAAUCUUGAUGGUAUCAUGAACAUGGACGGUCUGCUCAAGCUGUCUGUGUGCCGUAAUCAGCUCUCGAGGGUGGACUUUGAAGGAUGUCAAUUGACCCGCCUCGAGGAACUGGACCUGAGCAGCAACAAGUUGUCUCGUGUCUCAGGCUGCCAGUCGCUAUCAUCAUUGGAGCGUCUGGUCUUGGAUGACAACAAGCUUGAACACUUCUCCGCAGACAAGGAUGAUUUUGCCGGCUCAAGGUUACACAGCCUGUCCUUGCAGAAGAACAGAAUGGCCACUCUUGACGUAUCAAGCUUCGCCAAUCUCCGCUACUUGAACGUCGAUGAGAACAAGUUGUUGACUGUUGAGGGCAUCGAGCACUUACAUCACAUCGACAUGCUGUCUUUGCGCAAGCAAGAUCUCAAGCAUGCUGACGCUCAGCACUUGACAAUCUUUGAGCAACGAGUCUCCGCUCGCUCUUUGUUCUUGGCCUCGAACAUUGUUCCUACCCUUGAUUUGCCAAACUCUUACCACAGCAUUCAGAACCUCGAAAUGGCAUCCUGCGGGCUACAAGAGUUGCCCAACGACUUUGGCCUGAAGUUCCCCAAUCUGCGCACGUUGAACAUCUCCUUCAACGCGAUCACAGAUAUCCGCCCACUACUGAAUAUCACGAGAUUGGAAAAGCUGUAUGCUUCGGGAAAUCGCAUCGCACGACUUCGCAAGACUGUCGCCGUGCUAGCACGUAUGCCGCAUCUUCGCAAAACAGAUCUUAGAGACAACCCUAUCACACAUGGCUUCUAUGCACCCAUCUCUGUGGCUAAGAAUGCUGUCAGCACUGUCGCCAGUGUUGAAGAGCCAUUGUCGGAAGCACAGCUGCAGUUGCAGGUCGCAAUGACGCAUCGCCUGCCUAACGCCGAUCAUGCGACUGAUUCCGAGCAUCUCGCUCGUCUGGACGAGGAUACCAAGCUGCGACGACGUGUCUAUGAGAUUCUUCUCAGCAAUGGCUGCAAGAACCUGUCCACCCUCGACGGCUUGUCGUUCGCCAAAGACAGGGCAUUGAUAAGAGAUGGGGUGUGGGAAAGAUUGCUCAAGCUGGGAGUCGUGAGGAAUGGCCAGAUUGAGUGA